AUGAUGCAAUUCAGUUUCUUAAUCGUGACGGCUGGUCUUCUUUCAUGUAUUGUCAAUACUAGCGCAAACGUCCACUGCGGCAGAAAUCCUAUGGGUGUGUUCAAACGACUUGUUUUUGAAGAAAGUAACGGGACGAUUGAUCCGAAAUUCGCUCUCGGCCAGCUAGAGAUACGAGAACCCAGAACGUACACGCGAUUGCUUAAAUCGCACCGAGACUGGCUACUGUGCAUACAGAAAACAGAAACGGGUUAUUUCAAACGAGCAGCUUUUGACAGCAGCCAGAGAACACCAACAAGUAUUUAUGGAACAUUUGAAAAUGAUUAG